AAUACUUGGGUUGGCAGGACUCUAGAAACUAGACAAUAUUCACAAGUGAAUGAAACCAAUCAAAGCUCUGUAACAAAACUUGCUGCAAAAUCCAAGGCAGUAGCAACAGUCUACUGAGGGUUUUCAUUCAUUCCAUUCCUUCUUUCUCUACCCACUGUUUUUGCUUUAACUACUUCUAUAUACCUGCUCCACCCUGUUUCACUCACCCCAUUACCAAAAAUAUGAUCUUUCUCUCUUUUUCUUCAUGGAUUCCUGUGACCCCCAUUUUCUGAGAUCUCUCCUAGUCUUCAAGAACACCAUCAACCAAGAGUUGAUUAGGAGCUUGCAUGUGUAUGGAUUAGAGGAUGGGAAGGAAAAUGAGGUUGAGAGGGAGUUUCUGUUCUCAGGAAACGGGUCAUAUGUGGAGUUUCGGGCUUACCCGGUUCUUAGAUUGAUGAAAUUCCGGGUUUCACAAGUGCUUGAAGGCUAUGUUAAUGGCUGCUGGGUCUGCAUUUUAGCUUUUCAUGCCAAUCGUUCUCCUAAUUUCACAUGCACUCCUUCUAUACUCUCUGUUUCAAGAAAUCCUCAGUUAAAGUUGAUCCCAAAUUUAGCUAAUGAUCUUCAAAUGGUUGUCGAGACAACCUGCAUAAAAGCUGAGAAUUUGCAGAAGUCAGAUGAGGAAACAAGCCAAGGGAAUGAUGAGAAUCACUGUCAACUAAGAAGAAGUUUGCCUAUGCUUGAUCUGGAUCUUAAUCGUCCUCCUUGUCCUGCCACAAUGUCUGAAUCAUCUGAUGAUCAAGAAAGUGGAAGACAAUCACCCGGUUUGAUAGAGAAGAAGAAUAGAAGAGCAGCAAGUGACCGCAUAGCAAAGAUCACUUUACCAGAUCUGGUGAAGUAUUUUGAUAUCCCUAUUGUGGAAGCUUCAAGAAGUCUGAAUGUUGGACUUACAGUACUGAAAAAGAAAUGUAGAGAGUUUGGUAUUCCUCGUUGGCCACAUAGGAAGAUAAAAUCGCUUGACAGCCUCAUUCGUGAUCUUCAGGAAGAGACGGGGUUCCAACAGAAGGAGAACAAGGCUGCAGCCUUAGCAGUUGCGAAGAGGCAAAGGAUGUUGGAGAGUGAAAAAGAAAGCAUAGAGAGGAGACCCUUCUUGGAUAUGAAGAUCGAGACCAAGAGGUUCAGGCAAGAUGUUUUCAAGAGAAGGCAUAGAGCCAGAGUUCUUAGAAGCCAGGGCCUAUCACUCUCUGGCAAUUAAAUUAAAGUAUCUAUCUAUAUAUUAGGAGAACUGGAGCUAGGAGGUUGAGGUGAUAUGUUUCCAAAUUGUAAAAACAUCAACUUUUAGAUCGGUUGCAUCGGUGUUCUCAAAACUCUUGUUUAGUUCCAGAUAUAAAAUUUUGGGCAAAACCAAUGAAUUGUAUCUGUAGUUUCAGAUAUUGGAUUAAGGGUUGCCAUGACAGUUUAAUGACUUGUAUUUCAGUUUUUGUUUUAUCUUCAGCUCA